CGGGGAUUGUGGUGACGUCACGCAGCGUGCGGUGUCAGUGUGGGGAUGCGUGGAAGGUGAGUCUUGCAGAAUGGAUGAAGAGGAGGGAGGAUCGGAGGAGGCCGUGCUGUUUCAGCAGCAUCGCAAGGAGAAGAAGGAUCUGCAGGCCAAAAUCCAGAGCAUGAAAAAUACCGUGCCUAAAAAUGACAAGAAAAGACGAAAACAACUGACUGAAGACAUCGCUAAGCUGGAGGCUGACCUGGAGGAAAAACACCAACAAGAACUUGCAGGCCGGGUACAGGAGCAGUGUGUCCAGACAGAGAUAAACAGUGUCACUAAUGGGGUCACGGGUUUAGAGCUUGGAGGUGAAGUGCCUGCUCAGCAAUCUCGAAUGUCUAAAGCACAAAAGAGGCGGGAGAAGAAGGCAGCCUUGGAGAAAGAGAGAGAUGAGCGCAUAGCAGAAGCUGAAGUUGAGAACCUGUCUGGAGCUCGGCACCUGGAAAGUCAGAAACUUGCCCAUAUCCUGUCGGAGAGACAACUGCAGAUCAAACACAUCCCGUCAGAUGGUCACUGCAUGUACAGAGCUAUUGAACAUCAGCUGAAGGAGCAGGGUGCAAACCUGACUCUUUCCAGUCUCAGGCACCAAACUGCAGACUACAUGCAGAGCCAUGCAGAUGAUUUCCUGCCAUUCCUAACCAAUUCUACCACGGGGGAAAUGUACACCCAGGAUGAGUUUGAGAAGUACUGCAGUGAGAUUGCAAACACACCAGCAUGGGGUGGACAGUUGGAGCUCCGGGCUUUGUCUCACAUCCUGAAGACCCCUAUAGAAGUCAUCCAGGCAGACUCCGCUCCUGUUGUUAUUGGGGAGGAGUACGGGGACAAGCCAGUCACUGUACUAUAUAUGCGAUAUGCUUACGGACUGGGGGAGCAUUAUAACUCCAUAGAACCACUAAGUGCUGCACCCACAGAAUAGGUUUCUGUGCCAAAUAUUUGCUAUGUGCUCCUUCACAUAAGAGCUCCUGUAGAUAGAAGCA